CUUCUCCUGGAUAAGAUGAGAAUACUUGACUCUACCUCAGUGACAUGGUUCUGAGGUUUAAAUACAAUGGAAGGGCUCUGACCACAGUAGAUGAGACAUACUGCACUUUCUUCAUCUGGAGAAGAGGUUCUAGCUCCCUCAUAUUUAGGACAGACCAUCAGAGAUGAAGAUUCAAGGAUGGGAGACAGGAAAUGAGAGGGGAAGGGAGAAAAGGGUGGUCAGAGAAGAGCUGGGGAUGGGAGGUGGAGAUGGAAGGAGGAAGAUGAAAUUAAAGAGUGUGAGGGACCAGGAAGCUUGAUAAACAAUGGGCUUGUUUGGGGAAGUGGGACUUUUCCAAUCUCCUCUCCUUGUGUUCCUUUCAGGAGAGACCACUGGGACAGGACGAGAUUGAUGAGCUCCGGGAAGCAUUUCUUGAAUUUGACAAGGACCGAGAUGGGUUCAUCUCUUACAAGGAUUUGGGCAAUCUCAUGAGGACGAUGGGUUACAUGCCUACGGAGAUGGAGUUGACUGAGUUGGGCCAGCAAAUCCGCAUGAACCUUGGUGGCCGUGUAGACUUUGAAGACUUUGUAGAGCUGAUGACCCCCAAAUUGCUUGCAGAGACAGCAGGGAUGAUUGGUGUCCAGGAGAUGCGAGAUGCCUUCAAGGAGUUUGAUGCCAAUGGAGAUGGGGAGAUCACAUUGGCAGAGCUGCAGCAGGCCAUGCAGAGGCUGCUGGGGGAGAAGCUCACACCCCGGGAGAUUUCUGAAGUGGUACAGGAGGCUGACAUCAAUGGAGAUGGCACUGUUGACUUUGAAGACAAGGCUGUCUCUGAAUCUGAAGCUAGGCUGGUAACUUGCAAGAUCCAGCAAUCCUCCUCUUUUCACCUCCCACAGCACUAUGGUUACAGGUGCACACUGGAAAUUUUAAUAGUUUGUGAAGAUGAUGUCUCGUUGAAGAGAUUCUCCUUCCAUGUUUCCCUUGGGAAAAGAUGGUGUGGGGAACUUUUUCACAGCCUGCAGGAAGAAAAGAAAAUCUUUCAAAAAGUUCCACACCGAGCCUACUUUCCUCCUGGCUCCUCUAACAACAACCCUGUUUCCUUCUCUUGGCAAGAGAGUGUCCCACCAGUCACAGGGCUGUAAUGGGGAUCCUGAUAAGUCUCAGCUUGGAAAUGCCUCAGGAAGGAGGCCUUCAAGGUUGAGUUUUCCCAAUUUCCCAGAAGCACAGUCCAUUGCUCCCCUGUAAACACCCAUGUCCCUGUCCCAGUGUGAGAUAACCAAGGGGAACUGAGCUAAACCACUAAUCUGGAUUAUCAAGGUUUAGAGCAGGCUGAUCCCUGGGGGGAACUAAUCCCCUGCAAAAUAUCUUGAGCUUGGGGGGAGUAGGAGGAGAAGACAGAAUCCCCCAAAUCCCUAGCUCAGCCAGGUGACUGAAAUGCCCUUCCCAGAGGCCCUCUGCCCCUGUGCUGAUCUGCCCUGGGCUGCUUCAGGUGAGUCUCUACCUUAGGUGGUUUGUGGACUCCAUCCCUCACAUACUCACAUGGAUCUGGGCACUUCAGCUACUUUAUCACUCAAGAUAAUGAAUUCUUGUCAUGCCUUCCUCCCAACUUUUCUUGCUUUGAAGUCCAUUAGGUAGAACUAUAGAAUAUGUUAUCUGAUCUAUGACCCAAUAGCCUCAAUGUAUAUGACUGAAAUAAAGUAAAAGUAGAAGAAUAAUAUAUGUCUUAUCCUCUUGCCUGUGGUUUCUCUGUUUAUGUUACUCUCUGGGGACCACUUGAAUUUAUUUUAGCAUUUUUUCCUUUUAGUAUUUGUGUAGUAGUUUUCUCUGAAUUGAAACAUUUCAACCCAGAGGAAAGCAUGUUAAUACUCAGGAAAUCCUAAACGAGGAUUCUUAACACUCAACUAUGGGUCUUGAAAGAUGGCUCUGCAGUUACGAGUACUGGCUGCUGUUCUUCCAGAGGACUCAGGUUUGAUUCUCAGCACACACAUGGUGGCUUAUAACCAUCUGUAAUGUCAAUUUCAGGGUAUCUGGCUCCCUUUCUGGCUUCUGU